AUGUCGACUCUCUCGAGGACGCUCGGCUACCUUCGCCGGAUUGGCUUCAAGGAAUAUGGCCACCAGAUGCAGUACAUUGGUGAUACCAAAGCCGGAACCCUGAUCGGAACCGACCGCUACGGAAACAAAUACUACGAGAACAUGGAAGAGGAACUGCCUCUGCGAACACGAUGGGUCGACUACAAGCAGGCCGAAUACGACCCGUCUCAGAUCGAGCCCGGCUGGCAUGGCUGGAUCUCCUACCUGGUCGAUUCGCCCCCGACGGCCGACAAGGUUAUGCAGACUGGUGUGCGCUCCUGGGAGUUGCCGGAGCACCGCCCCAACUUGACGCUCAGCCGUGGUGCUUUCAAGACCUACUCGACCACACGGCCCAAGUACUCCGCCUGGACCCCCGUUGCUGCUCCUCGGUAG